CCUUUUUUUUAUUGCCAAUUAUUAUCUUUUUUUUAUUAUUAUUAUUAUUGCUUGAAUAGCUUUACCCUCUUAAGAUCCUUUUGGUGUCUUGCUUUUCUUUUUCCUUUUUUAAAAAAUUAUAGUUUUGGGAAGAAAAUUUAAAGAAUUGAGAGAGGAGAGAGGUUGGUGUUAUUUGAGGUUCAGAUCUGAGGAAGCAAAGUCUUGAGCUCUGUUUUGAGAGAAGCUGUAGUUGCAUUUCUCUCUUAAAAAUUAUUGGAAAGGGAGAGUCUAUACACAGAAAGUGAGAAAGAGAGAAAGGGGCUGAUGGAAAUGCUUGCUAUUGGGAGUCCUACAAUCAGUUUGCGUACAAGCACUAGUUGCAAUGCUUUACUCAGAGAGCUUCAGCAAAUUUGGAAUGACAUUGGUGAGAGUGAAGCAGAUAAGGACCGCAUGCUGUUGGAGUUGGAGAGAGAAUGCUUGGAAGUUUAUAGGAGAAAGGUUGAGGAAGCUGCCAAUGCCAAAGCACGCCUUAAUCAAUCAGUUGCAGCCAAGGAAGCUGAACUUGCAACACUCAUGGCUACCCUUGGGGAACUUAAUAUUCACUCACUGACUCAGACAGAGAAGAAGGCGCCAUCAUUGAAAGAGAAACUUGCAUCUGUUACUCCAUUGGUGGAAGAUCUGAGGACAAAAAAAGAGGAAAGGAUGAAGCAAUUUGCAGAUAUAAAGGCACAAAUUGAAAAGAUCAGUGGGGAAAUUUCUGGAUACAACACUCUCAACAAUUCUUUGAUGAGUUCUUUAACUCUAGAAGAGCAAGAUUUGACGCUAAGAAAGCUUAAUGAAUAUCAAACGCAUCUCCGCACCCUUCAAAAGGAGAAGUCUGAUCGUCUCCAUAAGGUCUUUGACUAUGUGAAUGAGGUGCAUUCUCUUUGUGGUGUGCUUGGGUUGGAUUUUGGCAAGACUGUUAGUGAUGUGCAUCCAAGUUUGCAUGAAGGAAACCAAGAACAAUCCACUAAUAUAAGCAAUAGCACUCUGGAAGGUCUAGAACAAGCCAUUGUCAGGUUGAAGUUAGAAAGAAAAGCUCGAAUCCAGAAGUUGAAAGAUAUUGUGGCAUCAUUAUUUGAACUUUGGAAUUUGAUGGACUCACCAAAGGAAGAGAAAAAUACCUUCUCAAGAAUCACUUCUAUCCUUGCGUCAUCGGAAUCUGAAAUCAUUGAACCAGGUGUUCUCUCCACAGAGAUGAUUGAACAGGCAUCAGCAGAGGUGGAGAGGCUUACUAAAUUGAAAGCAAGUAGAAUGAAAGAACUUGUUAUGAAAAGGAGAUCAGAGUUGGAGGAGAUAUGCAAAAUGACUCAUAUUGAACCUGAUACAAGUACUGCUGCUGAGAAAUCCAAUGCAUUGAUAGAUUCUGGUUUGGUAGAUCCUUCUGAACUUCUGGCAAACAUUGAAGCCCAGAUAGUUAAAGCUAAAGAAGAAGCUAUGAGCAGAAAAGAAGUCAUGGAUAGGAUUGACCGAUGGCUUUCAGCUUGUGAGGAGGAAAAUUGGCUUGAAGAGUAUAAUCUAGACAGCAACCGGUACAACGCUGGGAGAGGUGCUCACAUUAACCUUAAACGUGCAGAACGAGCUCGAGUUACUAUUAGCAAAAUUCCAGCAAUGGUCGAUAAUCUGAUAAAUAAAACUCUUGCAUGGGAAGAUGAAAAAAAGGUGUCUUUUCUCUAUGAUGGGGUAAGGUUAGUGUCAAUAUUGCAGGAUUACAAACUGGCCAGACAACAGAGAGAAGAGGAGAAAAAGAGAUGCAGGGACCAGAAGAAACUCCAAGAUCUGCUGCUUACAGAGAAGGAAGCCAUGUAUGGUUCUAAACCCAGUCCACGAAGAACUAAUAGCUUUAGGAAACCAAAUGGUUAUCGUGCAAAUGGGAAUGGCUCCAUGACUCCCACACCUCGUCGGAAUUCAGUUGGUGGUGCAACUCCAGAACUCCUCACCCCUCGAUCUUAUUCUGGACGUCAAAAUGGAUACUUCAAGGAAAUGAGAAGGUUGUCUACUGCACCACUGAACUUUGUGGCCAUAUCAAAGGAAGAUACGAUGUCAUUUGCCUCUGUUUGUGAUUCUGAGCCGGGCUCUCCUCCUCAUUGUUGAGUUAAAAGUGUGAAUGGUGUCAGUAUAGAAGUUCAGGGAUUUGACACUUCAAUUUAAAGCAGUGGAAGUUUGUGAAUAUCAAACAGAUGUACACUAGUGUAUCUUUGUGCUUUGUUACAUGGAGAGUGGUUACUGACAUUUGUAAACAUGCAGUCAGCUGCAAUUUGCUUUGAAGAAUAUCGGCUUCUGGAAGGGUUCAAGACGCUGGUAGAUAAUAGUUUGGAAGUACUUGUUAACCUCAAGUCUUGUUUCACAAUAUAGGGGAAACAAAUAUGGGUAGUUUUAUAGUAGUACACUGACCAUGUGCUUUUGUGGAUUUUGCUUGUGGUUUGCUUGUCUGUGUAUAUAGUGCAGUGCACUCCAGUGUGAUGAGAUAUCAUUUGAUGUAGGAAAAAACUUGGCGUAUUUGGAGAUGCAUUCUGUAGGAUCAUUGUGAUGCUAUACUUAACAAGAAAUAAAUGCCUUGCCAUCUGUGAAGCA